UUUUUGGUUUGUUUCGUAAUUUCAAUUUUCACACAAUUGAUGACGUGUAACACAUCCUGAAUAAUGAGCUGGAAGCUGUGCAAAAUGUGAUAUUUGUCUUUGUAUUUUUCUUCGUAUAUAAGCCCAGAACAGAUUUUCAAAAAUGAUGCAGUUUAUGCUUCUGUUUAGCCGGCAAGGCAAACUCCGGCUACAGAAGUGGUAUGUUGCCAACACAGACAAGACGAAGAAGAAGAUCACACGAGAAUUAGUCACAAUGGUCUUAGCCAGGAAACCAAAGAUGUGCAGCUUUCUUGAAUGGAAAGAUCUUAAAAUUGUUUAUAAAAGAUACGCCAGUUUGUACUUCUGCUGUGCUAUCGAACCUGAGGAUAAUGAGCUGCUUACAUUAGAAAUCAUCCACAGAUAUGUUGAACUAUUGGAUAAAUACUUCGGAAGUGUCUGUGAGCUAGACAUUAUCUUCAACUUCGAGAAGGCUUACUUCAUGUUAGACGAGUUCCUACUGGGCGGGGAGGUGCAAGAAACGAGCAAGAAGAAUGUACUCAAGGCCAUAGCUGCACAGGACCUGUUACAAGAGGACGAAGCGAUAGAAACUGCGCUUAAAGAAUAUGGAUUAACAUAAUCCACUUCACAGGAAACUGAAGAACCGAAGAGUAUUCUCGAGGAGAUGGGAUUUACUGUUCCAAGUUAGUGUGCGUCCUUUGUAUUGCUGUCGUCAUGGUGAUACCUCCUUGUUGCCACGGUGAUCACACCUGCCUCAUGUGCCUACUUUCAUGAUAUAUCUCCAAGGCUGAGUGUAAAAACAUUGUCAGUUUUCAUUUGUUUUGACAAAUCAGUGUCAAUAAGAUAAUAAUCAUUUUAGUGAUACAAGACUACACGAAAAAAAAUCAAACUGAUUAGAUAGACAGACAUAUUAAGUUGGUUGUUUUCUUUUCAACUGAAUCAUUAAUUAGUUUAAUGAUGUAACUGCUGAUAGAUCAUCUCAAUGAUGUAGUCCUUUUGGCAUGGUGUAGAUGCUAAAAGGAACUAGAGUUUAAGUGUGAAUGUGAUUAGUGAUUAGCUGUUGAUUAGGAACAUGAUGGUAGUUUAUGAGUAAGCUAUCCUGAUUCUCUUCAUUCAUGUUCACUGAUUUUGGUUGAUGCAUGUCAUCGAUCCCAAUUGCGUUCAUGGAUGCUCAUGAUAUCAAUCACUGGAUUGUCUGGUCCAGACUCGAUAAUUUACAGACCGCUGUCAUAUAGCUGGAAUAUUGCUGAGUGCGGCGUUAAACAACCAACCAACCAACUUUAUCCAUGCUGCCAUGGUUACUUUUGAUUGUAUAUUUCCUAAUAUAUGUCCUUAUGCAUUUAUAGAGUUGAAGAUCUUAGAAAACAAUGGUUGGAAUGUCAUCCACAUGUUUGUCUGCAUCCUGUAAUCUCUGCUUCUCAUUGUUCUUGUCAUACUGAAGGUGAAGGUCAUUAAGAAAAACAUUCCAACCUGUUUGAACACUUAAAUUGAGACAUGUCCAUUCAUUCCAAUGUGAAAGUUGUUAACUAGCCAAUCUAUGUGACCAAAUGUGGAAGUGCUGUUUGAUUUGAUGGUGUUGUGAUGUAAUGAAUUUAACGAAGCAUUGAAUAGCCUGUUGUUUGGCAGAAUGUUGGAUCCUCUUGCCUUCGAAAAUCCAGUGUGUUAUCAGUGUUCGAAAUACCUGCCUGCCCGACCGUCCGAGACGGGUUGAUUUCAACUCGGGCUGCCAGAUUUUCAAAUCCCCCUGCCCGACGGUCGGGUUAUAUUUCAUAUGUAAAAAUAUUCUAAAUA